AAACAACAAACACAUUCCCAAAGCACUGAGGACAGCGACUCCAGCCUAAAACACAUCUCCACUCUGAAAGCUGACAAUAUAUAAGCGACAUGUACCUGUACAUUGCCGGCCUCGUAGUCUUGUUCUACGUCUAUCGGUGGUUCAGAGAACUGGGCAGAGUCUCCAAUAAAUCAGAGAAGUUUGUGUACAUCACAGGCUGCGACACCGGUUUCGGGAAUCUCUUGGCCAGACAUCUGGACACGAAGGGUUUUAGAGUCAUCGCUGGCUGCUACUCAGAGAAAGGAGAGGACGAGCUGAAGAAGAUCUGCUCUGACAGACUCACGACGCUGCAUCUGGAUGUGACUGACAAUGAGAAUGUUAAAAAAGCUGCAGAGACUAUUAAAAGCCUGGUGGGACAGAAGGGUCUGUGGGCCGUGGUGAACAACGCCGGGAUCGCCUUCCCCACGGCACCCAAUGACUGGCUGGAGAUUGAGGAUUUCACACCCAUGAUUAAUGUCAAUCUGAUCGGGGUCAUCGCCGUUACUCUGAGUGUUUUACCACUCAUUAAGAAAGCCAAGGGUCGAGUGGUGAACGUGGCCAGCGUUUUCGGCAGGAUCAGUACUCUUGGAGGAGCUUACUGCAUUACAAAGUAUGGAGUCGAGGCUUUUAAUGAUGCUCUCAGGAGGCAAAUGGCACCGUUUGGAGUGAAGGUUUUGUGCAUUGAGCCUGGAUUCUUCAAGACCAUCGUCACUGACUUCAAUAUCGUGGAGAGUACUUUGCACAGAUUAUGGAAUAAACUGCCUCAGGAGGUCAAGGAUGAGUACGGCAGCGACUACGUUGACAAGACAAAGCUGACGGCCAAGGAAUUGUUGGAGAAGCUGGCGGACGGGGAUCUGAUGAAGGUGGUGAGCUGUAUGGAGCAUGCAGUGGCUGCUGUUCAUCCUCGGACACGAUAUUCUCCGGGCUGGGAUGCCAAGUUCUUCUGGCUGCCUCUGUCCUACAUGCCAACCUUCAUCUCAGAUGCUUUACUCCUGAAAAAGGCUGUUCAACCAAAAGCUUCUAUUCUGUGAGCCUAAGUGUUGUUUUAGGAUGCACACUUGAAGAAAAAGUCUUUAUUGCACAUUUGUACAAUAUUGGGAAUGAAUAAAAUACAUUUUUAAAGGUG